GACAGGACAACACCAUAGAUCAUUAUCUGUUCUUUUAACACUUCACCAUUUUGGGGUAUACAAAGAUGAUAAUGAAGAGAUUGGAACCAAAUUCAGAAAAGUUUUAUCAUUUUCUGUUAUUUCGUUGACAGCAGUGGCUUGUGAGCACCAAGACCACAGGAUGAUAAUAACACCAAAAUGACCAAAUCUUACAGUUUUUAAAAGCUCAUGCAAGCCUACUCUUAACCACAAGUUGGGGAAACUCAAUCAUGCACUUCUUCCCUUCGGUUUCCCCCUCAUAAUAUUGUGGAGUUUAACAGCACCAUUUUCAUUUCCCCUCUCUUUUCUCUUCUCCUCUAGAAGCUUCAAUCAUGGUUUUGGUUGGAAGUAAUGGCGAGAAAGAUAGUUCAAAUGAUGGAGCUGUGGUUGAUUUCCGGGGGAAUCUGGUGGACAAGUCGAAAACCGGUGGAUGGCUUGCUGCAGGGCUCAUCUUAGGAUCUGAGCUCUCGGAGAGGAUAUGCGUGAUGGGCAUAUCAAUGAACUUAGUGACAUACUUGGUUGGAGAUUUGCAUAUUUCAGCAGCAAAAUCCGCAACUAUAGUUACCAACUUCUUGGGUACUCUCAAUCUGCUUGGUCUCCUUGGAGGUUUCUUGGCCGAUGCCAAACUUGGCCGAUACUUGACAGUUACACUCGCUGCAUCCAUAACAGCUAUGGGGGUGAUUUUAUUAACACUGGCUACAACAAUUCCGAGCAUGAAGCCUCCUCCAUGUGAUGACUAUAGAAGAGAGCAUCAUGAGUGCAUCGAGGCAACUGGCCGGCAACUGGCUUUGCUGUAUGCGGCACUAUACACAAUAGCACUUGGUGGUGGGGGAAUAAAGUCUAAUGUCUCUGGUUUUGGCUCUGAUCAGUUUGAUGUGACAGAUCCCAAGGAGGAGAAGGCUAUGAUUUUCUUCUUCAAUAGGUUCUAUUUUGGCAUCAGCAUUGGGUCUUUAUUUGCUGUGAUUGUACUGGUAUAUAUACAAGACAAUGUAGGAAGAGGGUGGGGUUAUGGAAUUUCAGCAGGAACAAUGGUGAUUGCAGUUGCUGUUUUGCUUUGUGGAACACCAUGGUACAGGUUUAGAAAGCCUCAGGGGAGCCCUUUAACCAUCAUUUGGAGGGUUCUAUUCUUGGCCUUGAAGAAGAGGAAUCAAUCUUAUCCUUCCCACCCCAGCCUUUUGAACGAUUAUGAAAAUAGAAAGGUUCCCUACACACAAAGAUUCAAGUGUCUUGACAAGGCUGCAAUCAUAGAUGACAAUGGUGCUGCCAACACAAAAAACAACCUACGGAUAGUAUCAACUGUGACCCAGGUUGAGGAAGUAAAAAUGGUCCUAAAGCUACUUCCCAUUUGGUCCACAUGUAUCCUCUUCUGGACAAUCUACUCCCAAAUGACUACUUUUACAGUUGAGCAAGCCUCCAUCAUGCAUCGAAAAGUUGGUUCCUUCGUAAUCCCUGCUGGUUCUUUCUCUGCCUUUCUCAUUAUCACCAUUCUCCUCUUCACUUCCAUAAACGAAAAAGUUUUUGUCCCCUUGGCUCGAAAAAUCACCCAUAAUGUCCAAGGAAUCACAAGCCUCCAGAGGAUUGGAAUUGGACUCAUUUUUUCAACAGUUGCUAUGGUGGGUGCUGCCAUUGUUGAGAAAGAAAGGAGGGAAAUUGCUAUUGAGAAAGAAGUCAAAAUAAGUGCUUUUUGGCUACUCGUUCAAUUUUUCCUCGUGGGUGCCGGGGAAGCUUUUGCUUAUGUUGGACAACUUGAGUUCUUCAUUAGAGAGGCACCAGACCGGAUGAAAUCCAUGAGCACAGGGCUUUUCCUUAGCACCAUUUCAAUGGGGUUCUUUGUGAGCAGUUUGAUAGUGUCCAUUGUCGACCAUGUGACCAAAAAGAGCUGGCUUAGGAGCAAUCUGAAUAAAGGAAAGUUGAACAACUUUUACUGGUUACUCGCAGCUUUAGGAUUUUUAAACUUCUUGGUUUUUCUUAUCUUUGCAUCAAGACAUCAAUACAAAAUGCAGCUGCCUAUUGAACCUGAGUCUGGAGAGAAGGAGCUUAAGAGCAUGAAAGAUGAAAUGAUGGAAGAUAUGGAGAAGAAAGCGAGUAUUCAAUCAGUGGGCAAUGCAGAGCCAUAGCAUAUCUGUAUCUUAAGAGGACUGUAUUAAUUGUUGCACUAUACAGUAUAGUUCUUAUUUCAGCUUGUUAAAAGAAAGAGGACAAAAAUAGCAGCUCGUGUUUGUGUCAGGGUAAUUGUAAGGUGGUAUUCAAUUAUUCUUUCUUCUGCUCCAUAACACGCUGUGAUUUUCAAUGAUUGUAACUCUUGCUUUUAGAUGUGAUUUUCAUUGUUCUCUGAUGAAUGUUGGGGGUUAAAGGUUGCUUGACAGAAUUAUCAAGCAUUGUUACUUGAAAGAGAGACCAACAGAUAUUGCAUCUAUCUGCCAGCGUAGCUAUAGAGAAGCAGGGUUAUCAAUGUAAAAGGAUUAAUUAAUUCCUAGAUCAGAACUACUUGCGAGUUGAAAAAUGUUGGGUUUCAGGAAAUUUAGCCAUAAAAAACUGAGUCUUUAUGCCAAAUAGACAACAAAUCCACAAUGCAGAAGCAGAAAGCUGGCCUCUAAUGGCCGUGAGGGGCAGCUUCAGCUAGGUGGUU